UGCAAAGAAGAACUUAUUCUCAGUUUUAGUGUUUAUUGAUUUGGGGGUAUUUAUGUCAGCAUAUGUAGUUGAAGAUGGAGGGAAAAUCCUGAACCGCAGUUAUGAGUGAGUGAGUCAGUGGAUUGACCAGGCGUGUAGGUGGGGCUGAGGUUUAAGAGUCCCCCAGAGAUAGAGCUGAGCAACCAAAGACACACACCGAUUCGCAGGGACACGGCGUGGAUGAUUAUCUUCACCGCUGCGUUUUUACUACGACUCCGUGUAAAAGACGUGUUUGAAGAUGUUUGCUAAAGCGACCAAAGGAUUUGUGGAUGAAAUUGACCCCGAUGGCUGUUUAAUCCCCGUCUCCCGGCUGAAUGAAUCGGAUAAUUUAAUCGUCUCCUCGCUGGUUAUCAAGCGGAAUCCCUUCUGGUUCUGGCAGCGACCCAGGUACAUGCCGACAGACUUCACCCUGAACGAUGUGCUGCUCGGGGAGCCACCCAUCUCUCCAGUUGUGAUCGAGACAGACUUUUUAAAGUAUAAUUCCACAAUGGAAAACAACACAACUGGAGGAGCUGAAGCAGGUAUCGGUCCUGGAAGUCUGAACAUUGAAGGAAAAGGUUCGUCUAAACUGGCCUCCUCAUUUGGGAGCCUUAUGAAGCAAGAAGUAGACCUUCAGAAACUGCUUUAUGAUAUUAAAGAUAGAUGUCUGGAUUUUCAGCACUCUUUGUUGAAGCAGACGGCGCAGCGGCGGCGUGACGUGUUUGCGCUGGUAAAGGAGCGCAUCAUAACCACACAGACGUGCAAAGUUACCGAGGAAGUACAAGAGGGAGGCAGCUGCUCAGCCUUUCUUGGGUUCACUGUUCCCAAGAAGAUUGAGGUUUCAGUAAAUAACGGCAGCCUUCAUUCCGACAGCAACGUGUUUCUUGAAAUCCCAGCUAAGACGGCCCUGGCUUACAGUUUAAUGGAGCUCAAUUUGAAGAAAACGGGUCAAUUCGAAGUGUGCUUGAUGCCAGACACGUACGGGUUCAUCGAGGUGGACGGCCUGAACGCAACAAGCACAGCCCUGCUACACAGCACUCCAUUUCAAUCACCACUUCAAAAUAUACAGGGUGAGUUGGUUCAUUUCGAAAGGCUUUCAAGGCUCCCUGCCAGCACACGUUCAAUUCUCUUCGAGCAAAUCACUGUCCUCCUGAAGGACAAGACAGCCAUCAGUACCCUGGUCGUUGCAUUGGAGGAUUUGAACUGUGGUAGGAAGUCUGAUCUCUCCAUGUUGGACAAAGUGCCCAAUCUGAAAAAUGCAGUCCAGACUACACUGGAUCUGAUCAAGGAGAAAGAAGAUUCAGGUGACGGCCCACUGGAAAGACUCGCACUUGAAGAACAGUCACAGCCCUCUGCCCUCACUGCCAUCCACAUCCUUACUAGUGCUUUAGAGGAGAUGAGUGAGUUUACCUUGAGUGCGCUCAAAUCCUGCUGCCAGCGGCCCACCAUACAGGCACUGCACCUGCUUGUACAGAAUGUUAUGGAAAACAAAGAGUGCUCCCUGAAGGACAGCAUGCUGGCCCCGGUGGCUGAAAAGGACACUUACAGCAAAGUACAAGAACUCUUUGGAUCUUCUGAUGUGGUGCUGUCUAAAGAGGAGGACGUGAUCCAGGCCCAGAUCAGCAGCCAGGGGGGACGUUUUUCUCUAAUCUUGUGCAUUGCCAUUUUUGGUUUGGCCUCUUUAGUAUCCCCAACAGGAGUGAGAAUAACUAAAAACUAGUUUCUAACUAAAAGAUUUUAUACAUCAUUUUAUCGUGUAACAAGCAGGACUUGAUGAGCUCCAUGUACCAAUGCUGCCUAUAAUCUACUCGCAUCCCUUUAAUCUUUGAUUCGUAGUAAGGGUGGACACAAACAGCUCGUCUUAUAUCAUUCAUUCUAAUUUAAAUAAACCCUACAAGCCUAGACACCAAUCAAAUAGUUUCGCUAAUGAAACCAGUCGUUUGAUAUUUCAUUUGACUGUUUUUUAAAAGAUAUUAACGACCCAUUUCUUUAUAUAUCUUGCUUUUUUUUUAAUGACUGCACUUCUUUGCUGGAGCAUAAUGUUUGAGGUGGCCUAAAAUCCGUGUCUCAUCAUGAACUGAUCAAUACCAUCGUCCGACUUGAACCAAAAGCACAAGCAACGGCUGCAACUUUUUUACCUGCUAGAAAUGUUCUUCGUAGCUAUAGGAACAAAUGUCAUUCAGCACAAACGAGACACUGUGAAUAACAAACCCAUGUAAACACUAGAAUAAAUAAACGCCUAUGAACCAGUGCCACCACGUGGCGGAAUGCUGAAACUAUGGCUACAAAAACGUCAUGUAAAUAAGACUAUAUUUUUUUCGCAUUUUAAAGCUUUUAAAUGAUACAUGUAUUUAACUGUUUUUUUGUGAUUUAUUUUUUUUUCUAAUGUUUUGUUUUUGCUGACUGACCUAAAGUUGCAUAAACUGAUGUUAGUAAAAUAUAA